GUGGACUGGUGAUUUAUUUGACGAUUAUUUCUCUGGGUGAACACACAGACAGGUAGAGCGCGCGAGAGAGACGAACUAGGGUUAUGGCCCUUGCUGUAGAAGGUAUCAGCAACAGUGGAAAUGGUGUUAAAGGCGAUGAUGUAUCAGUAGGGAAGCCGGUUAUAAUGAUGGUAUGUGGUAGUUUGGUGUAUUACCACUGCGCCUAUCAGAAAUCCAGCAUAGUCUCCCUCGUCUCCGAUGUCUUCAUCGUCCUUCUCUGCUCCCUCGCCAUCCUUGGCCUCCUCUUCCGUCAGAUGAAUAUUUCGGUACCUGUUGAUCCCCUUGAAUGGCAAAUCUCUCAAGAUUCUGCUACUAAUAUGUUUGCAUGUCUGGCUAAUACGAUUGGUGCAGCUGAGUCAGUUUUGCGGGUUGCAGCUACGGGGCAUGAUAAGAGGCUUUUUGUUAAGGUAGUUAUCUGUCUCUAUACACUAUCUGCAUUAGGAAGAUUGGUCUCAGGUGUUACAGUUGCUUUUGCCGGAGUCUGCCUAUUUUGUCUGUACACACUUGCUGAGAAUUCACAACUGAUUAGUAAAUACUUGGUUGGAUCUUCUAGGGCUAGAGAUGGCACGGAUUCGGUACAAUACUGAUGUGUUUAAUACAUAGACUGGUUGUUUUAGCCAUCUCAAAAAGAAAGAUAUACAUCUCUAGAUGUAAGUAAGAUCCAAUAAUGUUGUCUGUAAAUUUCUUUCUUCUCCUAACCAACCAACCAACCUGUUUGUUGUACAUAGAAAGAAACAAACAAACAAUUCACGGCCUGGUUCUAAUCAUUCAAUACCAGCAGCUUAUAAAACUUGAGAUC